GUUACGUUAUUCGGCGCCAGAGGACGGGCGACCUCGGAGCCCGCCGGAGCAACAUGGUGGUCGGACCAGUUGUUUUCUGUAGUCGCGCUCUGGAAGUGGCGGAAAGCCGCCAGCUGCCUCGGAGAUGAGGAGGAUGGUGUCUUGGGCAUCCGGGAAGCACCCUGGGCUCCUGCAGUCCUCGGUGCGGGGCCAGGACGGGCUGGAGUCUCAGUUCGGCUACCGCGUCCGACCCAAGGACCUGAGGAAGAUCCACAGAGCCGCCAGCCAAGGGGACGUGGCUGCAGUUCAGUACCUCCUGCUGCUGCGGAAAAGCAGAGUGAACGACCGAGACAAGAAGAACAGGACUGCUCUGCACCUGGCUUGUGCCGAAGGCCAGCCAGAAGUGGUGACACUGCUUCUGGAGAGAAAAUGCAUGAUCAAUGCCGUUGACAAUGACAACAUGACACCUCUCAUGAAGGCUGUCCAGUGCCAUGAAGCAAAGUGUGCCAGUCUUCUGCUCUCUCACGGGGCUGACCCAAAUGUUACGGAUGAGAAUGGCAACACAGCCCUCCAUUUUGCAGCCUACUGUGAUAAUGUCAGAAUAGCGAACCAAUUGCUCAUACACAGUGCAAACAUGGAAGGGAGGAACAAGGAUGGCUUCACACCACUUUUACUUGCAAUAUAUGAAGAUGGUGAGGACAUGGCAGAAUUUUUAAUACAGAAAGGAGCCAAUAUUCAUGCUGUUGAUAACAUUAGACGGACGGCUCUCAUGCUGGCUGCACAGUAUAGAUCAACCAAGAUAGUGAGGCUUCUUCUGCAAAAAGGCAUUGAUGCCUCUUGUCAAAGCAUGAAUGGAUGGCCUGCAGAGAAGUUUGCUCUUGUGACGUUUAAUAUGACUAAUCGCCAGCUCAUUCUGGAUUAUGAAGAACAGAGAUCCAAAAUGCUUGCAAAGAAUAAACCAGACACAUGUAAUAACAAAAUAAAACCAAAACAAGGUGUGCUCAAGGAGCCAGCACAUGAUAGCUGUAAUAUCAAUAACUCUAAAAGCAUGGAACCUGAACUUGGAGAUGUGAGUUCUCUAAAACUUAAUGACUUAGUCACAAAAGUUGGGCAAGAAGAAGAAAAGCUUGAUGGAAGUGAAGAUGACCAGCCUCUGUCCAAGGAAGAAAAGGCACACCUAGAAAAGGUUACUGCAUUGCAAUCUGAUCUGAAUGAACAGUGCAAGAAAAAUGCUGAAUUAGAAAAAGAGCUAACUGAAUAUAAGACACUUUUAAGAGCUAUAAGAAACAAGUUAAAGCAAUAUGAAAAUGGAGUUUUCCCUUUCCAUGCAAAUUUAAAAACCAGUGAAAUGGAAACUCACCAUCGUAUGGUAAAAUAUCAGAUGCAGGAGAAACAAACUGAUUUACUUCAAGAAGCAGAUGAGCUAUUACAGAACUUGGACCUGGAUCUUGUGCAGGCUUCCUCUGUGAUCUCAUGAGGAGGCCGACAGAAACCAAGACAGAGUUUCGGGAACAUCCUGAAAUUGUGCAUAUAUUUUAAACAUACCCUCUGCAUGACAGCAACACUGUACUGACUGCCUUAUUUGCUCAGUAUUUUAGUGGCUUUGUAUUAAAAUAUAUUGUGUGAAUAUC